AUGACUAAGGUCUACGGCACCGGUGCUUACGAUUUCAAGCGCCACCGCGUGGCUGAAUACCCGGUUGAUUUGCCCAACCAGCUGGCCGACAAGCCGGUAGAGUCUACACCCGGUGGGUCCCUGCCCAGUUCCAUUACUCUCUCCGAGAUACAGAGGGACCGGCUGACUACGAUUGCCACCGCGAACUGGCUCAAGUCCGAUGACGGUAACUCGGAGAAUAGAGGCUUUGAUGCCGAGCUGGUGAAGAAGAUAUAUGAAACGGAGUUGAAGGUUAGUGAAGGGAGGAAGCCGGUGCCCUUGCAGAGAGUCAUGAUUCUGGAGGUCAGUCAGUAUUUGGAGAACUACCUCUGGCCGAAUUUUGAUCCUGCAACGGCGACUUUUGAGCACGUUAUGUCCAUGAUUCUCAUGGUCAAUGAGAAGUUCCGUGAGAAUGUGGCAGGUUGGAGAUGCUUCUAUGACCGCAAAGAAGCAUUUAAGGGAUUUCUUGAGAGGGUUCUACGGUUGAAGGAGGGUAAAGAUAUGAGCAUUGCGGAGAAGACAAAUUAUCUAGUUUUUAUGAUUAAUGCCUUCCAGAGUUUGGAAGAUGAUGUUGUUAGGGAAAUAGUUCUAAAAUUAGCACAUUUGAAGUCAUGGCACAGUUUGUCAUACGGAAGAUUUCAGAUGGAGCUCAGCAUUAACCCUGCUUUGGUGAAGAAAUGGAAGAAGAUGAUAAAGGGGGAUGCUAAGGAGGCAAAAGCUCAAGGGGAGACUUUUAACCCUUCAAAUUCAGUCGAGGCCAAGUUCUUGAGAGAUCUUAUCGAAGAGUUUCUUGAUGUGCUUGAUUUCAAGGGUUUUCCAGCAAAGAAUACUGUUACUGAAGAUGACGUACUUCAUAUUGCGCAUCAACAGGUUGACGAUGCAGUGGUUUUGUAUAGUGAGAGGUUUAUGGAAUUUCUUAUCGACUUAUUAAGCCAGCUGCCGACUAGGAGGUAUCUGAGGCCUCUAGUUGCUGAUGUUGCUAUUGUCCCAAAAUGCCAUUUGAGUCCUCUAUACAGGCAUGAAAAGGGGAAGCUCUUUGCUCAAUUGGUUGACUUACUGCAGUUCUAUGAGAGAUUUGAGAUUAAUGAUCAUCUUGGGACACAAUUAACUGAUGAUGAAGUUCUUCAAGCUCACUAUGAUCGGUUCUUUGCUUUUCAGCUUCUUGUUUCUAAACAGAUACCCAAGUUACGAGAACUUGCAUUAUGCAACAUUGGUUCAGUUCACAAGCGGGCUGAUCUCUGCAAGAAGUUGUCUGUCCUUUCUUCUGAAGAGUUGAAGAACUUGGUUUGCUGCAAGCUCAAACUUGUAUCUGAAGAAGAUCCCUGGUCCGGAAGCUAUGACUUCCUUAUUGAAGUUAUGGUCUCCUUCUUUGAGAAACAGCAGUCUCAAAAGGAAUCUAUAAAUGCUCUACCUCUCUACCCGAACGAGCAGAUUAUGUGGGAUGAGAGUGUUGUGCCAAGCAUUAACUACUCCGGAGAGGGUUGUCUCGCGCUUCCGAAGCUUAAUCUACAGUUCUUGACACUGCAUGAUUAUCUUCUCAGAAAUUUUAAUCUGUUUCGCCUUGAAUCAACAUAUGAGAUUCGUGAAGAUAUUCAGGAAGCUGUACCCCACCUUCUUCCAUAUAUUAACAACGAGGGAGACACUGCUUUCCGUGGUUGGUCAAGAAUGGCUGUUCCAGUAAGAGGAUUCAGGAUCAGUGCUGUCAAACAGCCUAACAUUGGUGAAGUUAAGCCAUCUUCUGUGACAGCACAAGUGACGUACAGCAUUUCCAGCUAUAGAUCCCAGGUUCGAUCAGAGUGGGAUUCCCUUAAGGAGCAUGAUGUUUUGUUUUUGCUUUCUAUUCGGCCCUCAUUUGAACCUCUGAGUGCUGAAGAGGCUGAAAAGGCUAGUGUUCCGCAGAGGCUUGGCCUCCAUUUUGUACGAGGAUGUGAAGUUAUCGAGAUUCGUGAUGAAGAGGGAAAGCUUAUGAAUGAUUUUACUGGAAGGAUUAAGCGAGAUGAGUGGAAACCCCCAAAAGGGGAACUAAGAACAGUAACUGUUGCUUUAGACACUGCCCAGUACUACAUGGAUGUGUCGGACACUGCAGAAAAAGGUGCAGAAGAUGUCUAUGGGACUUUCAAUGUGUUGAUGAGGAGAAAACCCAAGGAAAAUAACUUCAAAGCAAUUUUAGAAUCUAUAAGAGAUCUUAUGAAUGAAUACUGUAUUGUACCUGAGUGGCUGCAUAAGAUAUUUCUGGGCUAUGGAAAUCCAUCUGCUGCACAAUGGACCAACAUGCCCGACCUUCUUGAAAAAGUAGAUUUCAAGGACACCUUUAUAGAUGCAGAGCACUUGAAGGAGAGUUUUCAAGAUUACCAGGUGUGUUUUGUUAAUCAGGAUGGUGUAGAGAGUCUGGAUCCAAGACCUCCUUUUCGAAUUACUAUUCCCAGAACUCUGAAGUGCAAUCCCAAUGCACUUCCAGAUAAGAGGAAGGCUACUACUGAUUCAGUGGAUGAUGUCAAUAUGGCGGAUCAAGCACAUGAGAAAGAGAGACUUACUGUUGAGGCAUACAUUCCAACUGAUCCGGGGCCUUACCCCCAAGAUCAGCCAAAGCAGAACUCUGUUAGAUUCACACCCACACAGGUUGAAGCAAUUAUUUCUGGCGUCCAGCCAGGUCUCACUAUGGUUGUAGGGCCACCUGGUACUGGGAAAACUGAUACAGCUGUUCAAAUCUUAAAUAUACUCUACCACAAUUGUCCCUUGCAGAGGACAUUGAUAAUCACUCAUUCAAAUCAGGCUCUCAAUGACCUCUUUGAGAAGAUAAUGCAGAGAGAUGUCCCCGCCCGGUAUCUUCUUCGCUUGGGCCAGGGAGAGCAAGAGCUAGCAACUGAUCUUGAUUUCAGCAGGCAAGGUCGUGUAAAUGCAAUGCUUGUUAGACGGUUAGAGCUGCUUAGUGAGGUGGAAAGGCUUGCAAGGUCUCUUCAAGUUCCCGAGGAUGUAGGCUAUACUUGUGAGACUGCAGGAUAUUUUUGGUUGCUUCAUGUGUAUUCUCGCUGGGAGCAAUUCAUUGUUGCUUGUAAAGAUAAUAAAGAUAAACCGACUUUUGUCCAGGACAGAUUUCCCUUCAAGGAGUUCUUUUCAAACACUCCUCAGCCAUUGUUUACAGGUCAGUCAUUUGAGAGGGACAUGCGGGCAGCUAUGGGGUGUUUCCGUCAUCUUAAGACUAUGUUCCUAGAACUAGAGGAGUGUAGGGCAUUUGAGUUGCUGAAGUCAACAGCUGACAGAGCGAAUUAUCUUAUGACCAAGCAAGCGAAAAUAGUAGCCAUGACUUGCACUCAUGCAGCCUUGAAGCGAAGGGACUUCCUUCAGCUGGGUUUCAAGUAUGACAACUUGCUGAUGGAAGAAAGUGCCCAGAUUUUGGAGAUCGAAACGUUCAUUCCGAUGCUACUUCAGAGGCAGGAGGAUGGUUAUGCAAGGCUCAAGCGUUGCAUUCUCAUUGGCGAUCACCACCAGUUACCUCCUGUUGUGAAGAAUAUGGCUUUUCAGAAGUACAGUCACAUGGACCAGAGCUUGUUCACAAGGUUCGUUCGACUGGGAAUCCCUUAUAUUGAGCUCAAUGCACAAGGUAGAGCCCGGCCAAGCAUAGCCCAGCUUUACAAUUGGAGGUACAGGGAAUUAGGAGACCUUCCUUAUCUAAGGGAUGAUCCGAUAUUCCGUAGGGCGAAUUCGGGAUUCUCGUAUGACUAUCAGUUGGUUCAUGUUCCCGAUUAUCAUGGAAAGGGUGAGAGUGCACCAUCUCCUUGGUUCUACCAGAAUGAAGGAGAGGCUGAAUAUGUUGUCAGUGUCUACAUCUACAUGCGUUUGCUAGGGUAUCCUGCUAACAAAAUUUCCAUCUUAACAACUUACAAUGGUCAGAAGCUUCUGAUACGGGAUGUUAUCAACAGACGAUGUGUUCCAUAUGAUUUCAUAGGUCCACCCAAUAAGGUGGCAACAGUUGAUAAAUUCCAGGGGCAGCAAAAUGAUUUUAUCUUGCUCUCGCUUGUCCGAACUCGCUUUGUGGGUCACCUGCGUGAUGUUAGAAGAUUGGUUGUUGCAAUGUCUCGUGCUCGACUGGGGCUCUAUGUGUUCUGCCGUCGAUCACUUUUUGAACAGUGCUACGAACUGCAGCCUACAUUUCAACUCCUACUAAAACGGCCUGACAACCUUGCCUUGAAUUUGCACGAGACCUCACCUUACACUGAACGUCCUGCUGAAAACAGUGGACAGUGUUACCUUGUCAAUGGUGUGGAGGAGAUGGCCCAAAUUGUUGCUGACAAAAUCAAUCAAUUGCAUCAGGCAAGGAUAAUGAGCUACCAGUUUCAGCAGUCUAUGGCUUACUCGUCCACUGUACCAUCCCUUGAGAAUGAUGCAGCUGAAGGUGUGCCUGAUGGAGACAUUCCACAGGAAGCUGAUGCCACGAUGAGUGAGCAAAAUGGGGACCUCCCUAAAGAUGGUCAAUCAGAAGUGGAGAAUGGUGUGCUUCCUGGAACCUUGUUGGCGAAAUCCCCUACAGAAGUGAAUGUCAUUGCUGGCGAUCAAAGUGGGAAUCAAGCAAGUACGAUUCAAUCUGAUGUGGAAGCAGAAGAUUCGAACAAUGACCAAACAAGAAUGGAGGAGUAA